AUGAACAGUCGAUGCCUGAGCCGUUACAGAUAAUCUAAAAGUAUAACUGAGUCUAGGGGAACUGGAGAGGGCACAGUGAUAUCAAGGGAUAUUAUCAGGUUGUUGUGGAUUACAUUGGAAUACUCAGCAGAAAAUCUGUGAUGGAUUCUUGACAACAUUAAGCAUCCUGUCAGCACUGACAAGAGCGAUACAUACAACAACUUUGUAUCCCCGGGAGUGAGUUCUGAAGCUUUUUUUUUAAAUAUAUUUUUUUACAAUGAGGGACCGCUUAGAGGAGCUCCUUCAGAAGGCUCAAGAGUUUUCAGAGGCAGCGAGUGAGAAUAACAACCCUUUCUCAGCGGAGGGUGAUAAUGAUGACUCUGUGGUGGCCGGGGUCAUCACGCCACAGGCUGUGGUGUUUGAGGAGGAACCAAUCAUUGAGAAUUUCCUCUCUGAGGCUCAGCAAAUCCGAGAUGAUAUCACAGUGCUGGAAACAGAGGUCCUUAAGUUUGGCCAACAGCAAAAGACCCUGGUGGCAACCAUGCGUCGUUUCAGUGUGAUGAAGAAGGAGAGCAGUAUAUGCAGAGAUAUUAAGCUCCAGGCUGAAAGCCUCCAUCGACGUUUAGACGCCCUUUCAAAACAAGUCCAAAGAGCUGAGGAUCAGCAGGGACCUAGUGCUGUUACAACAAGAAUACAGCGCUCCCAGCAUGCAGCACUUUACCGCAAAUUCCAGCAGGUAAUGCUGCAGUAUAAUGAAGGUCUGCUGAGCAAGCAGGAGCGCUGUAAGCACUUCAUUAUCCGGCAGCUGGAGGUAUCGGGGAGGGACGUGACGGAGGAAGAGGUGAAUGAGAUGGUGGCCACGGGAAAAUGGGACGUCUUCAAUGAGAACCUGCUAAAUGAUGCCAGAAUCACACGAUCACAACUAUCAGAGAUUGAACAGCGACACAAGGAGCUGUUGAACCUGGAGAACAACAUCAAGGAACUGAGAGACCUGUUCAUGGACAUUUUCAUGCUGGUGGAGGAACAAGGGGCCUACAUUGAACACAUCCAGACCAACGUAGAGCGGACACAGGAUUAUGUGGCAGCCUCUAAUGAGAAGUUCAAAUUAGCAGCCAGGUAUAAGAAGAAGAACCCAAUACGACAGCUGUGCUGCUGCUGCUGCCCUCCAUGGAGAUGCUGCUUCUAAAGAGUAUGCAUUUAGUACCUGAAUAGUCAACCCACAUAUGGUUUUAUUUCCAAAGUCCCACUCCUGAUGGGAUCUUGUGAUGUUGGAUUCAAGUACCAUUAAAGUGAAGGUUAUGGUAGUGCAGGUUUUGCUGUUGAUCGAAGCGGUGGUGAAGACAGAUUCACCAGAGCGUAGAAAACAAUUAGGGGGAAAGGCCAGAAUUGGUAUUUGAGGCACUUGUUUCUUUCAAGAGGAUGUGGAGGGAGUGCUAUUGGAGGAGACAGUUCACUGAGUGCUACUCACCAACACUGCUGCUUAUUGGAGACCUUCACUGUCAUCUGACAGAGGUCACAAACAAGGCCAGACCACUGCUAGAUCAGCAGCACCCAUACUUCACCGCUCUCUCUCCUGGUUUUUUUCUUCCACAUGAUCUUUUAGUUGAUGACCAUUUUUUUAUUUAUACAGUAUGAGCACUUUAAGACUUUUUUUCUGUCAAGAUAAAUUUCUCUCAGACGUUGAGCCUGCGCUUUGCAUUUCAUUUUUGCUCCACAUGAAAAAAGAACUGUUUUAACAAUUGCUCAUUAGAUGAAUUUGCAUUUCAAAUACGAUCAUGUUCAGUGAAGAAAAUGUUAUUCCUUUAUUCCAUUUCAAAGAGACAGGGAUUCGAGUAAAACUUUGAAGAUUGAGCCUUGAUCAAAAUAUUCUGUCAAGACAGAAGUGCAAAAAUAAUUUGUUUAAAAGUAUGAUGGGAAAGUUCUGCAUUUCAGGAAAUAUGUGUUCACUCCUGAUGGUUUGUAUUUUUGAGUAGAAAUUCAAUGAUUAUUUUUGAAAUGUUACUGAAGGCUCUCUUGUAUUAUGACUAUGAAAAAUCAUGUCACACCAAAAGUGAUCUAUGGCUUUAAAUCAAGUCGAAGCGUUCACAAAACAAGAUCAGCAGUAAUGACUAAUGAAGACAGUUUUAUUAACAACAGAUACAUUUUCACACCUGUCUCACCUUUUACUAAAAGCUUAACACAACCCCAGCCUUGAAUGAUAACUCAGAUAGAAUGAUUUUAAUUGACUUCCAAAGAUAAAACCACUUCAUUUAGGAUCUGACUUGUUGGGAGAAGAGCUCUCAUGGACAGCCUCAGGGAUGUUCUUUAGAGACUCAGUGAUCUGUGGUGUCUGGUGUCCAGGACAAAAUACGGGUGACCUCGGUGUUCACCAGCUAGGCUGGAAAAUCCUGUUUGUCUGUUAUUCCAGGUUUUUUCAUGACAGCUGCUAUCUGUUCCUACAGGGAGAGUGCGGUAACAAAGCCUCUAACUUCUAACUGAUAUUUAACAAGACUGAAACGUGUUUUAUUAUUUUAUAUUAAGCAUUUUUUAAUAAGAUCAAAAGAUCAUAAGCAAUUUAACUUAAAGCACAGUGUGUAAAUCACACCACCAGGGGGUGCUCAAUUAAAAACACCCGUGUAGAGAUGCUCUGCUCUGUUCCACCUGACUAUGUUGCCAACUUCUUGUUUUGAUAUUGAUCUGUGUUUAUAACUGUUUUAUUUCAUGUCUGUAACUCUGUUAACUGUGCUGCUGCCUGUCUUGGCCAGGGCACUCUUGUAAAUGAGAUAACUGAUCUCAAUGAGAUUUUUCUCCUGGUUAAACAAAUAAAUAAUAAAUAACUGAAUUGAGGGCUCUUGGAUGUAUUUGACAUUUUUAGCCUUCCUGUGAGCUACUGUAGAUUCAAAGAUUUCUGUGGUUGCUUGCAGUGUAAACCAGAAAGGACACUUUUAACAGCUUUUCUUACUUGUUAUAUGAAGUUAAACAGUAGUUUAUGUUAAGUAAAGACAUUUUAUGCCGUGCAUGUUUUUUUCU